CUGUUUAAAUAGACAGGAACCAGCGUCGUUCCCUCUACAGACGCACGGCAGUGAUCGCCAGAGACAACUCCUGGUUCUCACGAAGACUUACAGAUUCAGUGCCAUGUCCAGAGGAUGUGCCCGCCUUCUGCCGCUGCUGCUGUCAACCGGCAUGCUGUUAUACCUGAUCGCGAUGACAGAAGCUGUCCCUGGACCUCUCGAUUGCAGACGUUUUGUCUACGCGCCCAAGUGCAGAGGAGUGGCCGCAAAGAGGGGAUUCCUGCAAGCAAAUCGACCAGGCUACCUUCUUGACACAGACAGGAAAGUGGAUGGUUUGGAAGAAGUCUUGGGCCUGUAUGCAACACCCCAACCUAUUGCAGUACCACAGCAGAGUGAUAGCAGAGGCCAAGUUCAAGGAUUUGCUACAAGAGGGCAUUCUGGUCAGGCAUGGAGUGCUGCAGGUGACCAACAGGGUUUGAAGACAGAUACAUUUUAUGAUUGGUACCUCAGCAACAGGAAACGAUCCAGGGACACUGAUGUCACAUAUGACUACUAGUGUAUUUUCCUUUCCCACAAAUCUACUAUGUAUGUUUAAUCCUAUCCAUUCUGUUGAAAUAAAUAGAAAGAAGUGCUUUUGUUGGUUACUAAUAGAGACAUCUUUAAUAACAUCGAAUAUGCAUUCUACUGUCACUGUGGCUAAAUUGCCUGUAUAUGAUAUAUAUCCUUGCAGGCAAUGCUCUAUUGCUCAUGCAGUUCUGUGUAAUGUGAGUUACAGUAUAACAUAGCUAUAGAUAAGAUAUAUUUUUUGUUAUAUUUCUUAGAUUAGCUAUCCCUGAUGCCUGUACUUGUACUUCUCAAAAUAAAAACUCUGUAAACUGUCAGCAUCUUA